GGAAAAGAUGAGGUAUAGGUUUUCAAAGCCGAGCAACAAAGUCAUACCUUUAAAUAGGAAUUAAAUUUAGUAGUUGUCAAUCCUUUCUCUGCUAGCCAUUUUUGUCUCAAUGACAUUUCUUAUUCUUUCUCAAGAUAAAAAGUUGGAAUACAACCCUAAUGAUUAUAUAGUAUUAAGAAAAUUUGAAAGAAACUUGGAGGUUUCAGGUCACACUCAAGUAUUCAGAAGAUUUAUUAUCAAAGGGAUUGCAUUUUCUUAAUUCUACUCAUUUAAUUGAAUCAUGUGGAUCAUAUGAGAAUUCAGAAAUCCAUUAUAUAAAUUUGGAUCUGUUGACAACAAUAUUCUAAAGAGUGAGUCUGGACGAUAUAUAUCAAGGUCAGGGAGUGGAUGUAAUUGAUGGAUAGAUUUAUCAAUUAACUUGGAGAGAACGUAUAAUGUAGUGUAAUUAGUAAUAUAAGAUUCUUGAGGGAUCAGGAAACCCUUGAAGUUUUGGAGAAUAGAAGGCUAAAAAUAGAGGUGAAUGAGAGUCUGGGGAUUUCGCAUUCUUAUGAUAAAGAUGAUACAUUAGAAAUCUACAUAACGAAUGGAACUGAUAAAGUGUUGAUUCUAGACUCGGAAUUCCUUUUGAAAUAGGUAAUUUAGGUGCAAUUUAAUAAUGGUUCUUCGGUAGGAAGAUUAAGUGAGAUUGAAUUUGUCAAUGGAAUUUUGUAUGCAAGUACAAAUUUGAAUCCUAUCAUUCUGGCAAUUAAUCUAACAGAUGGCUAUGUGUAAUUAUCAUUUCAGUAAAUAUAGGAAAAAUUAUUAUGAUUUUUCUUAACUAAUAGAUUUUUCAUCUGAUAGGGAUUUGAGUAAUUGUAUUUGUGGGAUCGCGUACAAACCUGAGUAAGAUCUGUAAAAUUUAAUUUCAAUUGUUUAUAGAUUUUGGAUAACUGGAAUGAAUUGGCCUUUUUUUUGGGAAG